CGCGAGCAAGGGGUCACGAGCUGACGUCCUGACUUACUCGUACAAACUGUUCUUAGCUACUUUUGGUACGAAACGGUUUUUUUUUAUGUAAAGCUUUUAUAGCAGUGAACAUUUACAGAAUUAUCCGGAAACGGUGGUUAAAAAAGGGUAGCCUACUGCAGACUUGUUUGUUGUUUUGAGUUACACCACGAAAUAAUUCCACCAGGCUGUUUUUAAAUUUUAAUUCAAAUGUCAGUAUAUUCUGAGGAAAAAGUUAAACGUACGCAUUAGCUGUGCGGCUGACAGGAUGAGAGGAGAGCGGAAGCCGUCCCUGUACUUUCUCACACUCCCAGACCUGAGGAAGCUGUGCCGCAUUUCCUCGAACCCGCGCUGUGACCACAGCAGCCGGGGAGCGAGGAACAAGCAGCUGAAGACCUGCAGAGAACUAAUAUUAAAGUUUCCAGAUGUUGUCGCAUCUCCUGUGUUAGAGUCAUCUGAAAUUAUUGUUGUGAUGUCUGUAGACUUUUUCAAGACUGGAGUAAUUCAGGCAUACAUGCAGAGACACGAUAUACAGACAGGAGCUCUCCAGCAAGUCCUUCCAGGCCAUUUACAAACCUGUUUGUCCUACACGAUAACCACCAGACUGGCACCGAACUGGAACCUGGCAGGACAGUUUCUCAUCGCAGGAGAAGGAUUUUUGACUCACUCAGGCAAGCAAAAUGCCAUUGUGAUGGAGCUAAGUGCCUGGGAGGGUCAGCUGUGUGUCAGCCUGGAAGGCCGAACUGUGCGGCUACCUCCCCCCACUCUGGAGGAGUUUGACGUUGCACCCAAUGUCACAAGGAACUUCGCAACCUCUAAGGAUGCCGUGAUUCAAGGCUUCUCUAUACCGAAUAACUGGUGCUAUGUGCUUCCCAGUAUGAAGCAGGGCCAGAUUAUGCGCAUCAGCCACCAGCCACCCCCCGACUGUCCAUUCCAGUCUUACGUCGAAAUGAGGCAGCACUGGAAAUGCUUGUAUGGGUACGAGCUCCCCCACGUCGCUGAGAAAGAAGUGGUCUACUGCAGUGUACGCUUCCAGAUGGUGGGAGUGAGGCUGUUUACAUACCCCCUGUCUUGCAUCAGGACUCAGCCUAUACAGCUCUUUCCCAGAACAGACCAACAGGGAGCGCUAAGCUCCUUCUUACUUGACCUGAAGAACAAACUGCAAAACGUCUGUGGAUUUCCUGCCCAAGUAUCCACCAAGCCCUGCUACUACACUGCAGGUUUGAUCACCUCUGGUUCACAGGAUUUUAGUACCAGACCACUGAACCUGACCAGCAUGAAUUCUGACAGAUCGGUUCUGAUGCAGCUUCCGAAAAGCUGCCCCCAGGUCUCCUCUCUGGUGAGCCUUCCUCUUAGCCCAAGCACCUCGUGGUACAGAGACCAUCAGGGCAGAGGGAUGGAUCGGGAGCACCAAACUGCCUCCACGGCAGCUCACGCUGGCGUCACCAAGAAUGUCAGACCUUCCUCUACUGCUCCUGCUGCUGUCUCCACCCUUUCCCAGCCUGUGCAAAUGCACAGUCUCCAGAGCAGAACCCUGGAAGUCUUUGUGAGCAAGGCUCUCACUCAGCAAACAGGAAGCCGAGAACACAGGAGCGAGGUGACCCUGGUGUCCUCCAGUAUGCUGAAGGAGACCGACCUCGUUCCCAGCCCUGCCCCGGACCCUGCCUCUCUAUCAUCACGCAGGCUAGAGACACACAGGGGACGUAGACAAAGCUGCCAGCUCCUCAUGCCACAGUGUCUCCCUCCGUCACAUCCCACAGAGGAGUGUCCGCCUCCCUGGGAAGAGCUUGCUGGAGAACGUUAUAAGUCCAGACUGAAGAGGCUGAAGCCCAGUAUUAGGGAAGAAGAUGUGAAGAACUAUGCAAGAAGCAGUCAGCUGUCGAAGGUCCCUGUGGCAGUGCUGCGGACGUGGCUCAACACGAGAGGGGUGGCAUUGCGCUCAAAGGACACCAAACAGCAGCUCAUCACCAAAGUAUUGCGCUGCCUCAGUGAACCCUAAUGCACACAAGCUCAUGAGAAUCUUCCUCCAUUUAGUUGUUGCUCCUCCACAGUUACAAGGACAAAAGGUUAUUUAUUAGAAAUUUGUUUGAAAACAAUCUAAUCUAAAUAUAACUCAUUACAAGAUCUUUCAUCCAUUUGCUGACUUUCACUUUCAUUCAUUUUACUUUUACAUGUACAGUUCUGUGCCGUUUAGUUCCAGUUAGCUGAAGUUUAACCAGAUGAAUGUAGCAAGUAAAUAAAAAAUGUAUUUUAGAUCUUAACCAGGUGCUGCAUGAUUACUACGAUGUUCACUUACCAGUACAGCGUUUAGGUGUUUGUCUACCAGGUGUUUGUUCGGCGGUUUGCUUAAAUUCAGUUUGGUGACCUGUUGUAUAACCAUUGUCUUUGUUGAGUGCUGGAUCAUGGUGGUCCCGACCCUAUCCUGGAAGCAUAGGGUUGAAGCAAUAUGGACAAUAUGUAUGGUUGCACUGAGAAUGUAUUCUCAAUUUGUAAAAUAACAAAGGGGAAUCAUAUCCUGUAAAAUGUCCUUUCUCAAAUGCACUUUUAUAGAUGCCGAUCCAGUAAUAUCAGUAACUUGGUUUUACUUCCUAUUCCCUGCACACUGUCAGAACUGAAGUGGAACAUGGCCUACGUGCCCUCCCGGAAUGACUCCGUGGAGCUAUGUUUGGAACAUCAAAGUGUACCUAAACUACAUUCCUGUUAUGAAAGGUAUUCAUCAUAUCUGCCAGGUUGCUCAGCUCACGUGGCAUGGCACUCUGUGGACAAUGCGCUGACCUCAGGUUCUGGCAUCAUUAAAGCCAGCCAGGCUUUGCAGUCUCUAGUGUCCCACUUUGUCUCAUUGCUCUGAUUGUUUCUAAGUCCUUUUGAGGUCCUUGUCCCCCUACAUGUGUCAUUGCCCCUGAAACCCCAAGUUUGCCUCUCAGCAGUGAGUGCAGUUGGCUCACAUCACAUGCACUGUAAAACACUGUACCUCAGAGAUGAGAAUGUGCUUUGCCACAAUUCUGAUCGUUUUGUUAAGGGGUUGGUUCAGGCGAUGGGUUCUGAGAAAUCAUUAUGAUGCAUUAUAGAACAGGGUGCUGCAGCCUUUCGAAUUCUCUUUUUCUCCUGCUCUCCCAUGAAUUAAGCUCUGCACAAAAGUGGAAUUAGAGACAUUUAACUUGGCAUAAGAUGAGCCUCCCUUCAGCAUUGGGUAACACCCUUGCCUGCCUCAAAGAGUAAGCAAGAAAAACCAAGAGGACAACCUUCUAAGGAAACCAAAAAAAAAACAGAUUUACUGUUGCUUAGAAUGAGUAAAUCAGAAUUAGUAAUAUUCUGUGCUUCCAAUGCUGUUUGUGCCUCUGGCUCCGGUAAGUUCUCUGAGAGCUGAAUUGCCCUCCAUGGCGCCAUGUCCUCCAGACCCAAGAAGAAAACACAGCAAGGUCUCUCCAACUGGCAGCCCCUUUAGAGUGCACCGAUAGUGAUGAGUCAAAGCUGGGAAAAGUACCAGCAUCGUUUCCUUUUAGUGGCUGGAUUUCAGCAGUGGUGACAGAUGACCUUUAAUAUAAUAAACACCAGCAGUUCAUUUCAUUUCCUGAAUAUCUGGUCAUUGUCAAGUUAACUUAGUGUACAAACAGAGGGUUAGAGUACAAAUAUUAGCACUCAUAUACUACAGUCCAAAUAUUACUUAUUACCAGGGUAAUCCUUUUAAAUAACAUAGAUCAAUUCCACCAGGAGGUCCCUACUGAAAUGGGUAAAGUUGUCAGUGAUCAAACAGAUCCAUGUGUGGGGUACAUGCUACUUUACUUUCUUUGCCAUACUCAGCUGCCACCGGUGGUGCUCAGU